ACAUUUAUCAUCAUCAUCAUCGAAUCAUCAACUUAACUAAAAUCCAUUUGUAAACCCUUAAACAACAGGAUUCCAACUUUCUCCAUUAGAGUAAGCUAGCUAGUUCAUUUUCCCCUCUUCCUAAACUUGUGUAGCAAUCCCAACUGCUUACUAUAGUUUUAAUAAACUCUGCUGACCAUACGGCUUUCCUUUUUCAUAUUUCUUCUCUGUUUUUUUUCCUCCUCCUAAAUAAAUGAAUUAACCGAUCGAUCGCAUUGUCCCUAAACUUGUAGGGAUCUUUUUGGGGUAAUCUAUUUAACAAACAUGGAUCCGUAGGGGUUGUUCUCAUAAUAGCUAAUUGUCCUUAUUAGCAAGCAAACUUGAUAAUUACAGAAGUGGGAUUAAUUAAUAUCCCAAUUCUCUGUUCCAUUUGGUAUGUCAUUAUUGUAUUUGUCUAUGCAUGCACUUGCCCUCCAUCUUAUUCAAGUUCAAUUAUACAGCUCUAAAGUACCAUCAACAAUUUUAGUAUAAUUGAGUUCUACCAAGCAAUUAAGCUCCAAAUUGGGCCAUGUAAGUGAGGUUGAUUAUUGAACAUCCCCCAUUAUGGAGAUUAUGAAUCUAUGAUCAUAUUGUACAUUCCCACUAAUCACUAAACAUCUCAUAAACAACUAAUUGAAGAAAGUUGGUCUGUAACCCUAACAACCAACUUAUCAUGUGCUUAAAAGUUACAACCCUAAUUAUAAGAAAUUCUUCAACUUCCAACUAUAGUGAUCCUUCCUUUACUCGUGGACAAUACUACUUGUGAAUAUUGUACAAGUCCACAUUGUAUAUGACUGUAGAAUUGCACGCCACCCCGACCGACUAUAAUUAGAAAGCCUGCGUCAGGGUUUUUCGAAGUGGACACGAUGACAUUUGGUUCAAAAGUACACUGAAUCUAGAACGGACUCGAUAAAAUACAAAACGAAAAAAGAAAUAAUGAUACAAGAAGCGCAAUAAAAACACUACUUGCUUGGAUUCGAAUCCGAUGGAAUUGAAUAUUUUCAUAUAGUUCAUAAAAUUACAACACAAUAGAAUCUACAUUUCUCGACGUGAUUCCAAAUAUCAUAUAUCAUUCAAUUUGAUUCGGUGUAAGAUCGAUUGAUAACUACUACUCACCUCAAUCUUAACGAGAUGUCAGAUCUAAGCCUCUGCAUAUGAUUGUAGUUUUUUUUGGUUUUUUUCUCUUACACUUGCCAAACUGACAGACGGCGACAGAAGUGAAUUCCCCUCAUCGGAAGCAGCCUCCAAGCAAUCCUCCGGCCGCCGCAGCACAGACUCCGUCACCUACCUGACCCAUUUUUUCCCCCGACUCCAUUUUCACUUCUUUAAUAUUCACUUACACUAACCAUAAACAACAACUCACUCAACAAUCAACAAAUAUAGGAAAAAACUACAUAUUAAAAAGGCAGAAGGGAAAGCGGCGAAUUGCAUGUGACUGCAGCUUUCCUUCCCAACAACAGCUCCCUCCCAUCCUUCCUUCCCUAUAUAUAAUCUAGCCGCUCAACAGAAACCUCCAGAGCCCGCAAUUUAGUAAUCACACUCAGCUCCGUCUCUCGCCACCUGUCUCUCUGGUUUUCAUUAUUCUAAUCUCUCCGCCGGAAACAGAGUAAAAAAUGACGGAGACGUGGAGGAAGAAGGCCGGCGUCGCGUGGGAGAAGGCCAAGCGCGCUCCCGCCCUGGCGUGCCGGAAAAUGUGGAGAGUCGGCAAGGACGACCCCCGGCGAGCGAUUCACGCCGUCAAAGUCGGAUUAGCGCUCACUCUGGUCUCCAUGCUCUACCUCCUCGAGCCCCUAUUCGAAGGGAUCGGCCAGAACGCCAUUUGGGCCGUCAUGACCGUCGUCGUCGUCCUCGAGUUCACCGCCGGGGCGACUCUGUGCAAAGGGCUGAACAGGGGAUUGGGCACGAUUUUGGCCGGUUCGUUAGCGUUUCUAAUUGAGUUCAUCGCCGAGGCAACAGGGCAAGUCGGCCGCGCCAUCUUCAUCGGCUGCGCGGUCUUCAUUAUUGGGGCGGCGGCGACUUACCUGAGGUUCUUGCCGUACGUGAAGAAGAACUACGACUACGGAGUCGUCAUCUUCCUCCUCACCUUCAAUCUCAUCACCGUCUCCAGCUUCCGAGUCAGCAACGUCAUGAGGAUCGCCCACGAGCGGUUCAUCACGAUCGCGAUCGGCUGCGGGAUCUGCCUGUUCAUGAGCUUAUUGGUCUUCCCAAUUUGGUCGGGGCAGGAUCUCCACAACUCCACCGUCAAUAAGCUUCAAGGCCUCGCCAAUUCCAUCGAAGUUUGCGUGAAUGAGUACUUCAGUGAUGAAGCUGUGACAGAGGCCAGAGAAGAGAGCGACGAUGAGGAGAAAUCAUGUGACGAAGACCCAAUCUACAAAGGUUACAAGGCGGUUUUGGACUCUAAAUCGACUGAUGAGACUCUGGCGUUGUACGCUAGUUGGGAGCCUAGGCAUUCCAGGCACUGUCGAUAUCCGUGGCAGCAGUAUGUCAAGGUCGGAGCGGCUCUUCGUCGCUUCAGCUACACGGUUGUAGCGCUCCACGGAUGCUUACAGACUGAAAUCCAGGCGCCAAAAUCUUGCAGAGCCCUGUUCAAGGACCCGUGCGUAAGGCUUGCCAACGAGGUGUCGAGAGUGCUGAUCGAGCUGGCCACCAGCAUCGAGGGCAGGCGGCACUGCUCGCCCGAACUGCUCUCGGACCACCUCCACGACGCCCUGCAGGACUUGAACAAGGCGUUCAAGUCCCAGCCCAGGCUGUUCCUGGGCUCCAACGGCAGCCAGGUCAGCAACAUGCUGGCCGUGGCUGCAGCACAGGCGCGCCAGCAGAAAGAGCGCGAGGAAGCCACGGGAGGAGGAGGAGGGGUGGCACUUUCUAGUGCGAAGACGGACACGUCGGCACUGAGGGAGUGGAAGAGAACGAGGAGCAAGAAGGAAUCCGGCGAGAGGAAGGUGCUGAGGCCGCAGCUGAGCAAGAUCGCGAUGCUGACGUGCAGCCUGGAGUUCUGCGAGGCGCUGCCCUUCGCGGCGUUCGCGUCGCUGCUGGUGGAGACGGUGGCGCGGCUGGACAGCGUGAUGGAGGAAGUGGAGGAGCUGGGGAGGGUGGCUUGCUUCAAGGAGUACAAACGUGGUGGUGAGGAUGAUGUGGUGGUGACUGUGAAAUGUGAGACGCCUAGGGUGAACGUUUGUCUCCAUAACUUGCCCUCACAUGGAGUAGACUGAUUGAACUGUCGAUUGAUUAAUUGAUUGGUUUGGUAAUGUGUACAUAGCUGCAGACAUAGAACUGAUAUUGUAUCAUUGGUUAUUGGUCUUUUUGUGUCUGCAGACAUGUAGUAAGCCUUUUUGGUGGAGAAAUUUAUAGACAGAUGAUGAGAGAUUUGGUUAAGAAAUAAGUGUUCUUCAUCUCAUGAAUGCUACUGUUUCAGAGAAGCAUAUUUGCUAGUGGAAUAAUUUGCUGGUAUGAGGAAGUUGAUGACUAAAUGACAAGUCCAUUAGGUUGCAGAGUAGGUCAAACUCCAUCGAUGUGAACUGUUCUGGUUUUGGUGGAUGCUAGAUAAGUAGAUUGAUCAUUAUACCAUGUCCAACUUUGUACCCUAAUUGAAUCAGUUCAACUGUGCAAAUCUCGCCUUCAAACUACAUGAACUAACAAAGACAUCUGCAAAAUCAGGGUUCAAAAGAAAGAUCAUAAGACUGGUAAAAAGAAAGGGGAAAAAAGCUGUAGAAAAAAAGAAGAAAGGGCCCAACCGGGUUCGAACCAGUGACCUAUUGAUCUGCAGUCAAUUGCUCUACCACUGAGCUAUGGACCCAAUUGAUGUUAGUUUUCCAACAAAACUUAUUUAUAAUGUGAGUACGGAUGAUGACCAAUGAAGCUUUUAAUGUUACAUAUGGCUUCAUCUGCAUGCGAUUCAUUAACAGUUCUUUUAAUACUCGAUCUCCCCCAGAUUAGUUGGGAAUAUCUUUACAGAUUGGACAUGUCGAUAGAUCGGAACCAUUGGCGGAUCCAGGGGGUGGCCACCCCAGGCCACGGCCCAGCCCUCUUCUGGAUUCGUAGUUACUAUAGUCCUUAUGAAAUUUUUGAUUUUAGACAUUCGACCCAGUGUUAUUCUAUGAUAAGAUUGGGUUUAACUAGAAAAAUUAUCAAAUUGAACAUAUUCAAAUCACUAUUCUAAAUUUAGCCUAGAAAUUUUAGCCCCAAAGAUUAUGCGUCUUAAAAAAACAAUGAAACCUAAAGGCUAAAAUUCUAAAAAGUUUAAAACGUAAAAGACUAAAAGAAAUAUGAGGUUUGUUCCCUUACAAAUUUACUAAAGCAGCUGGUGUGCAGGGAUCAGUGUUCAAGAAGACGCUGGGCGUCAACGAGGCGGGGAGGCACCGCCCAGCGCCCAGGGCGAUUAAUCGUCGCCUAGGCGAGAUUAAACGUGGAAAAAAAAUUGAACUAAGAAGCCCUUAAUUCACCAUACUCAUGCCUACAAAUCUCAAUCCAACAUACCAUCUGCUCUCCCUUGCUUCAUCUUCUUCUUCAGCAGGCCUUUCCACCCCCAAAACCGUCUUCCCCAGCAGGGCUUCAAUAUAGGAUUAGAGAGAAAUUUUGAGAAAAGAAAAAGAUAGAGCUAGACCAGCAAGACCCUAGACAUAUCGAAGCUCGAAGGAGAAAGAAGCAGUACCUUCAAUGGAGGAAACUUCUUUUGGAGACCGGCGGCGAGGAUGAGGAGGCGAGAACGAAGUGCUACGACGACCCCCUGAUUCUCCAAAGCUGUCUGCUUCGUUGGCGAAAGAAGAGGACGAGGCGGCUUGAAAUGACGGUGGUCUGCUGGGUGGAGAGGAACGCCGGUGGUCGACUGGUUGGAGAGGCGAGAGAGGGACGACGGCCGGCUAGGUGGAGAGGAGGGAGAGGAACGAUGGCGGUUUGGAGAGAAGGGAGAGCGACGGCGGUUGUAGAGACUAGAGAGGGAGAGCUUCUCGCUUUCUGUAAUUGGAGAUAGGGUUUUUCCUUUUUCAGGCCUUCCUCCUAAAACGCACAACACCAAAAGUUCAUCUCCCUCUUCUCUUUUCUGGGCGUCGCCUAGAAGCCCACAAUCGCGACUCCCCGCCGUUAAACGCGCCUAGGCGUUUUUUAUCGCCAUUCAAUGUUUUCUACGCCCAGCCCUUUCGCCCAGCCCUAAACUCCAAGAAUUCUCCAUGCCCAGCUAUGAAUCGCGCCUAGGCGCGUCUUCUUGAACACUGGCAAGGAUGGACACACAAUGCAAAUUGAUUAGUCGAUUGAUUUAUCUAGUGUUGAUGCUUCUCGUUUCAACAGCUACUACGAAGAGAACCUUUUUAACAAUGAAACAUGUGAGAACUGAUUUGCUCAACAAAAUGAGCGAUGAAUUUCUCGCCGAUUGCUCAAGUAUUUUAUUUGAAACAGUGUAUACUAUUGGUAUGGAUGUAAACUUCAUUAUUGAUGCAUUCCCUAAAUUAAAAUACAGUCGUGUACAAUUUACAUUGCAAAAAACUAUAAUCAUUAUAUUUUUUUACGGUUCUAAUUUUCUAAUGAAAUGCGGCCUAGUGCUCUUCUGUGUUCUGGAUCCGCCGCUGAUCGGAACACUACUUUAAACUAUGUAUGGUGACUGCUAUUUGUGUAACCGACCGACCACAAGCUUAUAUAAAUGUGUUUGUGGAGAAAAGGCAAAAGUUAGGUACGUAGGAAGGGGAAGAAGAAUCUGUCCUUAAUUAGGGUGAGAAUACUUAACAAUAACAAAUGUUGCACGUACGUAGAGGGCGGCAUGAAAGGGAAAUCUGUUUGAUAUUGUUAUUCUUUGAACAGAAUCUUUUCAUGGUGGAGAAAUGGCUCCGUUCUUGUUUUGGUUGUUCAUUUGUUCCACACUUACUCUCCCUUUUCUUUAAAACUAGUUGGUGUGCAACCGAGCCGUCGGAUAUAAUUUGAAUAUAAUGUAUUUAUAAUGUGUAUUUUAAAGUUUUCAAAAUAUUUGAAAUAUGAAUUUCUUCCCAUUAACUAAAUUAAUUGUUAAAAUCAAAUUAGAACAAUCAAAAUAUGAAAAGUGAAAUAUCAGACACCUAAGAAGUACUUACGUGGGAGUUAGCGGGCUAGCUAAAAGUAGUAGAAAAUCCAACUGAUUUUGAAAUUUUAUAUUUGUGUAUAUUUUUAGCAUGAAAAGAUAAAUUAAAUCCGUCUAGUGUAAUUAGUAAUGAUUCAUAUCCUUGUUUAAAUAUACCAUGGUUCAAAUUCCAAUAUUGAUGUAUUUUUUAUGAAUAAAAGAAAUAAAUAAUUGUGAUGAAUAAUCUACCCCUUGUACUUUUGGUAUGAAUUCGGUUCUUGUAACUAGGAACAUAUAUAACAUAAUUAUAAACAAGGAAAAUUUAUAUGUCUACAUGGAAAUGGAAAUGAAAAGCAAAAGAUCAGUUUUCUCGAAAUAUGGACCAAUGGAAGUUUAACUCCUAAAAAAAGCACUUUAUGAAG